UAUUUCUUGUUUACUUUCUCUGACGUUACUCUGAGGGGUGCGACGUCCGACAAUAUCGUUGAUUCGAUCCAACAUCAAACGAAUCGGACUAACGAAAGACAUUCGUCGGACGAGUUUUCCUGUUCGCAGGAGUAGACUUGUUGACAGAACCCACCGCUGAAUUGUCAAACAAACGUCUUAUGGAUUGCCUAAUUCGUAACUCUUCUGUAUUCAAACACAACUCAAAACAUUUCAUCAUCCCUACCAAAUUUACGGAAUUUACCGUAUCCAGGAUUUGGGCAAGUUAAAACGAUCAGAACUCUUCCACUGUUCUAUUUUUUGGAUUUUCCAUACAGAAUGGUCGUUCAUUUCUUAGAGUCCUUCCUUAGGAAUAAAGUUCCCGACGGAUAUGUGAAAAUAAACAUUGCAGAUGAAAUCGAGGAGUACUACCGCAAGGCAACCGUGACAGACCCGCCGAAACCAAUCAUUGUAGUUGAUACCAGUUCACUGAUUUUGAAGGUCAGUGGCGUUUGUGGUCUUCAAGGGAUAUCAACAUGGACAAUCUAGACACCAUGGAAUACAAUCGCCCAGGCCUUCUGCAAACUCUAAAUCUUAACUACAGACAGAUGCGACUAUUUGCCACCCUAGCCGGAAAUAAUUUGCUUCCUUAUGAACAGAUAUUACGUUUUCAAAAGCAUCAUUUGGGACCAAUCCACAAAGUUUUCUUUAAUCUGGCGCAAUUUGUGCGCCAACAUUCGGAUACACUACACCGGACGGACAGUUUGCGGGAGUUAGUGCAACUAGUCCAGGCGUAAUGCAAAUAUGCGAGAAUUGAUGCAAGAUUUUCGGAACAGUUUGAACCGUUAUGAUUUAAACAAUUAUUCAGAUUUGAACCCCACAAACGAUUUGAUUCUCGAUCUUCUGCUGAAGCAGGACCAAUGUUUUAUGUACGACAUUUGGACUGGCGAACCCAUCAACACAGUGAGUGCUCAGGUUGACGUGCGCCUAAACGAACUUGGCAAACAAUAUCUCAAGUUGGCAACUUCGGUGAUUCGAUGGACGGCAGGAAUAAUUUUGUAUCACAAGCGGGCGCAAAGGCAAAUAAAGGAUUGCACCAAGGUCCUUCUGUUUAUCAAACCUUCCCAAGAAGAUGAUGCCGGUUUUCUGCAAGUAAAAGCGGAAUUUCCUACGGAUAUUACGCCACCUUCUUUGCCGGAACUCCUGUCAAAAGAUACAGACGUACAAGUUGUACUCGUGGACACAAAACUAAAACUGUACUGUUGGAUUGCGUCAGAAUCCCUGGACUAUCAGAUAUUUAAAGUCGUACCGGAUCAAUUGCGUGUAACUGCAAUCACUCUUUACUAUCUGCGGGAAAACAAAAUAUUGCAUCUUUUUGAAGCCGACCUGCUACUUCAAGUAGCUUAUGACGUGUCAUUCGAGACUUUCGAUUUCGAAAAUAUUCAAUAUCCUCAGCAGCUAGACAAACGGGCAUUUCACGUCGCGUUCUUUUACCAGGCAAUUUACAUCCACUUCUCGGAGGCAUUUAAGGUGAUCGGGCUGAAUGGAGAUGGCUUCCGCGGCUAUCCACCGUUCGAUUCCACGCCCACUAUGAUGAGUGGAAAAAACUAG